GAUUAUAAAAAAGGCAUGAUCCUGUCCUCCAGGGAUGACGAUAUUGAAGUGCUGACGGAUGAAACUUCUGAUCCUACUGAUGAGACCUCUCCGGUGCGUGCUGUCACUCGAACAGCCAGUAAGCGACACUCCCAGCCAGCUGGAGGCCUUCUGGACUCUAUCACUAAUAUCUUUGGUCUGUCUGAGUCUCCCCUUUUGGGACAUCACUCUUCUGAUACUGCCAGGAGGCGCUCUUUAUCGUCAUGUCCUGUCCCUCAAGAUAACACUGAUGUACAUCCGGGUGGAAGCAAAGAGGUGCGAGUCCCUACCACUGCAGCGUGUGUCUUUGAUGCUCAUGAUGGGGAGGUGAAUGCAGUGCAGUUCAGCCCUGGCUCUCGGUUACUGGCAACAGGAGGCUUGGACCGGAGAGUCAAACUCUGGGAAGUUUUUGGAGACAAAUGUGAACUGAAAGGCUCCCUCUCUGGCAGUAAUGCAGGGAUUACAAGCAUAGAGUUUGAUAGUGCAGGCUCUUAUUUAUUAGCAGCUUCAAAUGACUUUGCCAGUAGGAUCUGGACUGUGGAUGAUCAUCGAUUACGGCACACACUCACGGGGCAUAGUGGAAAAGUCUUGUCAGCCAAAUUCCUAUUGGACAAUGCACGCAUUGUAUCUGGAAGUCACGACAGAACCCUCAAGCUUUGGGACCUGCGCAGCAAAGUCUGUAUAAAAACAGUAUUUGCAGGCUCCAGCUGCAAUGAUCUAGUAUGUACAGAGCAAUGUGUGAUGAGUGGACAUUUUGACAAGAAAAUUCGCUUUUGGGAUAUUAGAACAGAGAGUGUAGUACGGGAAAUGGAAUUGCUUGGUAGGAUUACAGCUCUAGAUCUAAACCCAGAGAGAACAGAGCUCCUCACCUGUUCGCGAGAUGAUCUGUUGAAGAUUAUUGAUCUCAGACUCAAUGUUGUCAAACAGACUUUCAGUGCCCUAGGGUUUAAAUGUGGUUCUGAUUGGACCAGAGCUGUAUUCAGCCCUGAUGGGAAUUAUGUGGUGGCUGGCUCAGCAGAAGGGUCACUCUAUAUUUGGAAUGUGCUUACCGGAAAAGUGGAGAGGGUACUCUCCAAGCAUCACAGCAACUCAAUCAAUGCUGUAGCAUGGUCACCAUCUGGAGCCUAUGUGGUCAGUGUGGACAAAGGAAACAAGGCUGUGUUGUGGUCUGAAUUUUGACUUGAAAGAGCAAAAACCAGCAUGCCAAAAAACCUGCAUGGGAGGACAUGGGCUGUGUCUGUCUGAACAGUACAGAAGUCCCAUGUCUAGGUCCAGUAAAAGGUCUUUUGCUAAAUACAUAAGCUUGAGACUAGGGAAGGAUUCCUGUUGCAUCAACCAAGGAAGAAAGUAUGUUGCUGGAGUUCAACCUCCAUAAAGGAUUGGCUGUAUUGAGUGGGGUCAUUAAGAUGUACCACCUCUGCAUUGGAAAGAGUUCUUGCACCAGACAUCAGUGCCAAACAAUUCCUUAAUUUCCAAUGGCACUUCAAGGUUUGGAGUGCUCUAGCAAAGUUCCUGUAUGUCCUGAUAUUAUGCAUGUACUGUCAUCUAUGUUCUCUUCUGUGGGCUGGCUUAAGAUGUGAGGUGAAGGAUCCUGAAACAUAGUAAGGGUGGGGUCUUGACUGUAAUCUUUCUUGAACAAGCCCAUGACUUUGGCAGUUGUGUCAAUGGAGCCUCUAGCCCUUACUAAACACAGCUGCCUGUGUCAGUUUGACUUGUCAUAGAGGGAAUUGUCUGUCAUUUUUCAGAAAUGCUGCAUCCUCCAAAGCCUUUCCAGGUAGCAGUGGAACAGAAGCAUUUUAAUGUGACCCAAUUUAUUUUGGGUGUUAAUUGUGGGGCAGAGUGAUAAGUGCUGCUGCUGUGAUGAAGAAUGUACGACUAGCACGACUCCAGCACCAAAGCCAAAUACACGGUUACUUCUGCUGUCCUUCUUGUACUGGAGCCUCUUGAGAGCAGAGGAACGAUGGGGAAAACAGAGCCCUGAAUGUAAAUGUCCUGGUGCUGGCAAAUUCAGAUCACUUGCCUCUGAGUAAAUGUGCAAUAUUCUUCCUGUGUUCAAGCUCUCCCUCUGCCAUGGAGCCCGUUGGCCUUCAAAUGCACAAUAUGGUUUGGGCGGGGCUGACUGUGGCACUGAACAUUUAUCCAGCCAAACACUUUUUCCACACCCAGUGGGCUGUGAGACAAGCCACCAGCAUUUAAUUGCCUUUUAAUUUGCACUUUAAUUUUGCUUCCUUCCUAAACUUGAUUUCGUAGGGAAGUAUUUGUAUCGAAGGGCAGAGGUGAGCAGGAAUUCCUUAUGUCUGGGGUUCUCAGCAAGGGACCACUCUUGUUCUGACAACUUCUGCAAAGGAAAACAGGAAGUACACGGGACAAAAAUCUUAUUUAUUGUAUUAACCCGCCCACUAGUACUUGACUUACUAUAAAUAAACCUGUGUCCUGCUUCUAAAUCCACGCUGCUUUCCUUUUU